AUGCUUGGAUUCAAGAAUUUCGGCAUUGUUGGUGUCGGUCAUAUUGGCGGCUAUAUCUUGGAGGAGCUGCUCAAGGCCAAGUCUUCUGGCAUAGUUGACAAGGUCGUCGUCCUCACGCGUCCGGGCUCUGUCGAGAGGUUGCAGUCUUACGGCUCACGUGGUGCCAUUUUAGCUCCGAUAAACGACUUGAACGACGUAUCAGCCGUGACUGUGGCUCUUAAGGACGUCGACGUGAUCAUUUCCGCGCUCGGCGGGGCCGCUUCGCAGUUGCAGAUCCCCAUCGCGGAGGCGGCCACGUCCGCUGGCGUUCGUCUCUUUGUCCCUUCCGAGUUUGGCGGAGAUACGGACGGCGCGAAGGAAGGAUACCCGGCUAUGAAGCUCGCGCUGGCCAACAAGAUCGCGGGGAUCGUACCUGUCACCAAGUUCUUCAAUGGCACCUUCGCCGACUUCAUAUGGUCGGCGCCCAUGACGAACCUCGAUGUCAAGAGCGGCAGCGUCACGGUCGGUGGAGACGGAAAUGCGAAGUUGAGCUUCACGUCGCGGGUCGAUGUCGCACGCUUCGUCGUGCAUGUGCUCACAACGCUUGCCCCUGAGGAUACGGUCAGCAAGUCUUUCCGCAUUGAAUCUCAGCGUCUGUCAUUCAACGAGGUUUUUGAAGCGUACAGGAAGAAGAGCGGCGCGAAGCUCGAAGUCAAGUACAUCCCCAUCGAGGAGUUGCAGGGCAACCUCAAGAAGAAUCCACGGGACAUUGCGAGUUACUUCCAUCUCACCUGGGCUUCGGGCGAGGCUGUGGUUGGAGGCCCAAGUUCGCUCGAUAACGCGAAGUAUCCAGGAUGGAACCCCUCACCCGUGAUCGAUUACCUAUAA